AUGGUACUACUGAGUUGCUAUCGUCAUGUGAACGCCACGGAAUCCCCACCAUACACCGUCGUACUCUCGGCGCCAGAUCUCGAAAUCAGACUGUACCGUGACUCAUCCUGGAUAUCGGCCGCCGUCGCCGGCGGCACCUCCUUCAACAAAUCAACUCACGACGGCUUUCACAGAUUGUAUCAAUACGUUCAUGGCGGAAACGAAUACAACACCAGAUUCAAAAUCACAACUCCGACGGUCACCACCGUCACCGCCGCCGCAUCGAACGGUUCUUCAGAUUAUCUGGUGAGCAUGUAUGUAGCAUCAAUUUCAAGUCCUCCAAUGGCUUCACCUCAACUGAAUUUGCACAUUUCCAAUUGGAAAAACCAUUGCGUAGCUGUUAGAAGAUUUUCAGGUUUUGCUGGAGAUGAUAAUAUCUAUAAAGAGAGAUCGUUACUUUCGUUUAGCUUGGCUAAAUCUUUGAUUCUCAACGGGAAAAACGUUUCGAUCUCGGAUGAUAAAAGCUCGUAUUCCAUUGCGCAAUACAACGCAUCGUCGCAUCUCAGUGGACGUGUAAACGAAGCGUGGAUCAACGUUAUUCCCUGCCCAGUUCUACAUUGA